CUUUACAUGCAUUUAAUUGAAAUUAAUGAAAUAAGUAUAAUAAAAAUCCGUAAAAUAUCAACAGCAAAAGCAUAAUCAUGAAAUAAUGGCAAUAAAUGUGCAGUUUUUUUUCAUCGCACGAAAACGUCUAUAAUAACCAGAAAAAGAUUAAUAACUAGAUUACAGUUUGUUCAAUUAGUCUGUACUUCUAUUGCAUACUGACAAAGGAGAAAAUCGGUAACGCUAGGAAGUUUAUCCACUUCGUCAUUUAUCUAUGUCUGCCACUAUAGGGAACUAACUUCAUAGUCGUAAACUGCCAAUCAGUCAGAAUUUGAAAAUUAAUGACAAACAAAAGAGAGAAAACAAAACACGAUUCGUUUUGAAUGUUACAAUUCAAUAAUUGCUGAUAAGUAAACGAAUUUCAAAUGACGACUCUGAAAAAGUUGUUGAUAAAUGGCGUUCGAAAUUUUAAUCCGGAGGAUGGGAACCAAUUAAUAAAAUUUUCCGCACCGUUGACGCUGUUCAUUGGUCAAAACGGUUGUGGUAAAACAACCAUAAUAGAAUGUCUAAAAUAUGCAUGUUCCGGUGAAUUGCCAGGUUGUUCGGACAGGGGCCAAGGAUUUCUUUACGAUCCCAAAUUAAAUGGCGAACUGGUUACCUGUGCGCAAAUAAGACUCAGAAUUAGAACAGAAAAAGGAGAUACAUACACGAUAUCAAAAAGUAUGAACGUAACAGUUAGAAAUAACAAUCUUACAUUCAAAAAAGUUGAUCACUCUUUAAAACUGCAAAAGGUGGGGGAGAAAGACGAACAGAUGGUAUCGGGUAGAUGUGUGGACGUGGAUGUUUUUUUUACUGAAACAUUUGGUGUUUCCAAGUCGAUAAUUAAUAAUGUAAUUUUCUGCCACCAAGAAGAUUCUCUUUGGCCUUUGGACGAAGGAUCCAAGUUAAAGAAAAAGUUCGACGAAAUUUUUGAAGUUACCAAAUAUCACAAAUGUGCAGAUCACAUUCGCAAGAAAAUUAAAGAAAGUGAACACCGAAUUGAUGUAAUGAAAAACGAUUUGUUUCGUUUGGAAGAUAAAAACAAGGAGUGUGAGAGCAAACAGAUAAGUUUAGUCGAAAAGGAAGAAAGAUAUGCAAAAUACGCAACUGAAAUAAUGGAAAAAGAGGAAAAACUAGAACCCAUCAUGGCUCGUAUUAGAGAAAUAUGCGAAUUACAAAAGCAUCUUACUCACUUUCAUGAAGAAAAAUCUGCGAAAUUGUCUGAGAAAAAAAUGAUAAUGCAACACAUAGAUAAACUUUUGAAAAAUUUAAAAGGAUACGAAUUUAAGGGCUCGGAAGAUGAGUUAAAUAAUGAAAUUCAAAACUUCGAUAGAUAUCGCCAUGAAAUCGAUGACAAGUUAACGUCGCUUUCUAAAAAGAAAUCAGAAAUAGACAUGCAAGAACAUACUAAUACUCAAAAAAAAUCUAAGCUUUUAGCUGAGUUAGGAAAAUUACAACAAGAGAAAAAAAAUCACUUGGAAAAGAUCAUGAAACGAAAGGAACUACUUCAACAGAUGGAAAACUUACUAAAGGUGAACAUCAUAAAUGGCCAAAAUGAAGACGAUGCAGAUGUUACAAAUGCCAGUAAUAUAAUAAAAAACGCAAUCGAAAGGCUUCGAACCUCGUUAAAACAACUUUUCGUUGAAAUAAACGAAAAUGAAACUCUACUUCAAAACACCAUAGAUGAAUGCAGAGAUAAAUGUAAUAAAGUUAAGCACGAUAUAGAAUCUAAAAACGGGCAAAUAAGCGAAAACAUCAAAAAGUUGCGCGAAAAGAAAAACCAAUUGCAAGAAUUAUCAUUUUCUGACGAUCAGUUAGCAACAUUAACUAAUAAAAUAGCAUCUGUAGAGAAGGAACUGCAAUCAGUGAAGGAAAAAUUCGAAACGCAAAACGUAUCUCAGUUCAGUAUAGAUAAAGAGAAAUCCACCAUUAAGAACUUAGAAGAAAAGUUGGAACAACUCGACGAAGAAAUGAAAAUUAUGUUAAAGAAUAGCAUAACGGAAGCGGAUAUGGAAAGACGGCUGUUUGACAUGAAAAAACAAGAAAAUGAAUUAAUAAAGUUGAAAAACAAACAUCAUGAUAAUUUUGAAAUAAUUUUUUCUAAUGAAAUUCCACAACGAAACCUAAAAAUUGCAGUUGGAGAGAUAAGAACGAGUAAUUCUAAAAAAGUGGCGGAAAUAACUAGAAAAAUUAACCAACAACAAAACAUGUUGACUCGUAAAGAGGCCCAGUUAAAGUUCGCCCAGCAAAAACUUCAAGCUUUCGAAGACGAGAUGAUAUCUUGUAGAGAGAAACUCGCCGCAGUUUGUAAAGACCAGACAUAUGAAAGAACAAAGGCGUACGUCACGAUGGCCACCGAAAAAUUACGCAAAGACAAAGGACAAUUUUCUUCCGCAAAGAUAUUAUACGAAAAAUUUAUAGAAGAGUUUGAAAAUGACAAGUGUUGUCCUUUGUGCCGUUCGCAAUUCGACAAUAAGGAACAGGUGAUGGCUGAAAUCGUUUCGGAUCUUAAACAGAAAAUUAAAGAAAUUCCCAUGAGAUUAAAAAAAGUAGAAGACGAUCUCAAACAGAAAGAAAGUGAACUUGAUAAGAUCACCGAACUCGCAUCCGUUAAUGGUAAAAUAAAAGAACUUUCCGAAAAGCAAAUCCCAUUAGCUAGUUUUGAGGUUGACGAGUUAACUGACGUUUGUGAACAACUUAGAGUGGAAUUGGAAACUCUCAAAAACGAUUUGGAAAGACCUCAACAACUUGAACUUGUUUGUAACGAGGUGCUUCCAGAUGCCACACUUAUGGACCAGAUUAAUUUAGAAAUAGUUAGUUUGAAGUCCGCCAUCGAAAAUUUGCAUUUACAAAUCAUCAAAACCGAUUCGAAUCGUACAAAGCAAGAGACGGAAACAGAAAUUGAAAACGUAAAAAUGGAGCUUGGAAAUUCUCGACGAGUUUACGAAAACGCAAUUAAAAAAAUACAACUCUACAACAAUCGUUGCCAAGAACUCCGCGAAUCGAAAAGCGAAUUUAUUCAACAGCAGCUAAAUAUACAGAAACAGAUUCAGGGAAAGCCCCAACUAGAGCAGCAACUGAUAGACAUUUCUACUGAGACAGAUCAGUUAAAGAGCGAAAUUAGAAGUCUGGAGGAGUCUCUGCCAGCGCUACAAAACGAUCUUACACGCGCCGAAAAAGUUCAACAAGAGGAAAAAAUAAAAAACAAAGAAAAAGUAGCCACAGUUCAAGACAGUUUGUAUGAAAACGAAAAGUUAUUUGAAAAUAUUGAAAAAUUAACGAUAGAAAUUAAUGAAUACGUAAAUAAAAACAAAGACGCUAUUUUUGAAAAAAUGCUGGAUAGUUCGGCAAAACUCGAAGAUCUCCUUCAAAAUUUAAAAACGACCAAGUCAGAAAUAGCCGAUGAAAUAAACGAUUUGAAUACGAAACGUUGCAAUUUAGAACUCAAAUUUCGCAAUUUAACCGAUAACUUAGAUCUGAUCGACAAACGAAAACGCCAUUCGAGCCUCGACCAGGAAAUAGAAGAGUUAUCGCAAAAAAUCGGAGACUUCGAUGAAAAAACACUAUUCGAUGAGAAAUUAAAACUUGAACGUAGCGGUGGUCGAAUAAAUCAAGAAAUAAAUAACUGUAAAGGAAAAAGCGACGAAUUAAAGAAUUCGAUUGAUGAUUUAAAAGCAGAACUUGACAAACCUGAUUUGAAAUUAGCAAAACUCAAUUACAGGUACAAAUUAUAUGAAGUUGGAAUCGAAGAGCAAAUCGUCGAAGAUUUGAAGCAGUUCCUAGUUGGAUUUGAAUUUUCCAUUAUGCAUUUCCAUCAGGAAAGAAUGGAAGAAAUCAAUAAAACCAUAAAAGAUUACUGGCAUUUGAUCUAUAAGGGCAAUGAUAUAGACUAUAUCGAAAUAAAGACAGAACAAGAUGGAAAAUCUACAUCCAAGAGACGUGUUUACAAUUAUAAGGUUGUUCAAGUUAAAAACGAUAUAAUGAUGGAAAUGAGAGGGAGAUGUAGCGCAGGCCAAAAAGUUCUGGCCAGCAUAAUUAUUCGAUUAGCUUUGGCAGAAACAUUCAGUCGUAAAUGUGGCAUACUGGCUUUAGAUGAACCGACAACUAAUUUGGACAGAACUAAUAUAAACGGUUUGUGCGAAGCUCUUAUUACAUUAGUUGAAACCAAAGCCGAUGAAAAAAACUUCCAGUUAUUAAUAAUAACACACGAUGAAGAAUUUAUGAAUGCACUCACUGCUAUAGAUAAGGUAGAAUUCAUUAAUAGAGUCGAGAGAAAUAAAGAUGGACAUUCCACUAUUAAAAUUGAACAUUUAUAGUUAUUUGAAAAUUUCGGUUCAACUAUUGUUAUAAUAAAAAUGCUAGGUUUUAUAGGAAUAUAUCUU